GGGAGGCUCCAGCCCCCCUGGACCGGCCGAGGCUUUAUUCUAGAGUCGCUGGAGCGUGGCUGCGUUUUUCUUUCCCGUGUGUAGGUGAAACCCCAUUGACUUCAUUGGCUCCUUGAUUUAAACCACGCCCGGCUUUCUGCCCGCUUCGCUGCUACUGCGGGGCCCGGCCGCCCAGCCCCAGCCCAGCCCCGUUCGCAGGGAGCCCGGGGGCUGCCGCUGCUGCUGCUGCUGCUAUUGUGUGGAUGCCGCGCGGGUCCUCUCUUCUCUUCCAGAAAUGGCUAACAGGGGCCCGAGCUACGGCUUAAGCCGAGAGGUGCAGGAGAAGAUCGAGCAGAAAUAUGACGCGGACCUGGAGAACAAGCUGGUGGACUGGAUCAUCCUGCAGUGCGCCGAGGACAUAGAGCAUCCGCCCCCCGGCAGGGCCCAUUUUCAGAAAUGGUUGAUGGACGGGACGGUCCUGUGCAAGCUGAUAAACAGUUUAUACCCACCAGGACAAGAGCCCAUUCCCAAGAUCUCAGAAUCAAAGAUGGCUUUUAAGCAGAUGGAGCAGAUCUCCCAGUUCCUAAAGGCUGCGGAGAUCUAUGGCGUCAGGACCACUGACAUUUUUCAGACGGUGGAUCUAUGGGAAGGGAAGGACAUGGCAGCCGUGCAGAGGACCCUGAUGGCUCUAGGCAGCGUUGCAGUCACCAAGGAUGAUGGCUGCUACCGGGGAGAGCCAUCCUGGUUUCACAGGAAAGCCCAGCAGAACCGGAGAGGAUUUUCAGAGGAGCAGCUUCGCCAGGGACAGAAUGUAAUCGGCCUGCAGAUGGGCAGCAACAAGGGAGCCUCCCAGGCGGGCAUGACCGGGUACGGGAUGCCCAGGCAGAUCAUGUGAGAUGCCGCACGGGCCUGCCCUCAGCAGAGAGGACAGACGCUCUGCACCAAGGUCUCCGUGAAAAAGAAAUAGUUAGUCACCUUCUGACCUUCUCCUCUUUCUCAAAGCCUCCUGUCCCUGGUUUUUGCAAGUGCUGCAUUUCUGCUGAGAACCCAUGUUGCCUACUGCUGCCACCUUCUGUUCAUUUAGAACUAUGCAAAGACUCCGCUUCCUCUUCCUGAGCUCCUUCUUUGCCCUAAAGUCUUCGUUUAUUUGAUUAUUUAUUUAUUUAUUUAUUUGCCAAAAAUUCCCUUCCUCACCUUACAGAACGCACCUAAUAAACAAAUUAGUCUUGUGUCUUAAA